GAAGAGAGAGAAGCAAAAUGUCGGACAGAGCGCGUAUGAACCAUUUGUGGAAUCUGGCCGUGAACUGCGCAAAGGAAAGCCCAGAAUUGUCUCAAUUCUACGUGAAUGAGAUUCACUCUACUGAAGAAAAUAGUGACGCUUUACUGGAUAAGCUUAAGUUGAAAUAUUGCAAGCAUUGUUACAUCGUAUUUAGCGCUGAUAAUUGUCGCGUAAGAUUGCACCCGAAACGUGGAAAGAGAAGGAAACUUAACGACAAAAAAUAUCGCACUAAGAAGGAAAUACUGAAACUUCCCCGAAGACUGAACCAUGUCGGGGUAUUUUGCAAGACGUGCGGGAAGCAUUCAUUUUAUCCUGGACGUGCAGGGGAAGAGAGGAAAUCCAGACUUCAAAAGAAAAUUUCGUCUUCUGCGCCGCAAAAUUCGCGCAACAAAGGUGCAUCUCAAUAUAGCACUCCUGUUUCAUCAAGAUCAGCGAGUUCCCGGAGGAGAAGUCACAAUUCUACGCUUAAAGAUCUUCUGCGAGCUGAUGAUCGAAUUAAAUCAGCGUCCACUGGUGCGACUCCCCAACUAAAGGAUUUCUUGUCAAGCUUAGGUCAUUCCAUUUCUCUUACGUAACAUAGAAUAUAACUGCUGGAAGACAGAUGUGAAGUUGCUUAUGGAAGGUAGUGAAAAACAAUGUGGAAAGGGGUUAUACCUGGGAAUAAAGCUAUAAAGUAAUAGCUCUUCUACCCAAGGAUGUUUGGUAGGCAUAAACCUAACAGUUUGGAGAUGUUGCAUCUGUUUGAAGUAAAAAGUCCAGUGUCUUAUUUACAUGUAGGAGGUGUAUCUGAUAAAUUGCCUGGUCCCAAAACAAGCCUCAGUCUGUUGUGGUGUUUACCUCACUAAUCAGCACAAUUCUCUAGUUCUGUUUGAUUGUCUGAACACAAUACCAAGCUAUUGUGUUUCGUCAGAGAGCUCUAAACAUAAAUUGCUGCUCUGUUGUUUUCACCUCAGUUGACUAUGUAAAUAGACAACAUUUAUCAAUACUGAAAAAAAUUAUUAUUUUGAAAUGAUAGCAUGGUUUCUGCACUUUAAUAAACUAGUGUUGAGUUUAAA